UUUCCAUAAAUGACUGCUUACACGUUAGGAUAUCGCUAUUUAUUAAAGAGAAAUUUAUCGAUGGCUGGUAAAUUGGCAAUAAAACCAAUUUUACUGGUGCAUGGCGGGGCCGGGGGUAUUAGUGAUACACUAGCUCCAAAGAAAGUGGACGGUAUGAAACAAGCACUCCGUGUGGCUGUAAAGCAUUUGUUAGUAACUAAAGACAUAUCUAAAAGUAGUGCGUUGGAUGCAGUUGAGGCUGCCGUUCGAAUCAUGGAAUGCGACGAGAGUUUUAAUGCCGGCUACGGUUCCUGUUUAAAUGUAGCGGGUAAGGUCGAGGUGGAGGCCAGCAUUAUGGACGGUAGCGAAUUGCGAGCGGGUUGUGUAGCUCUUUUACAUGAUAUUAUUCAUCCCGUCUCAGUAGCUCGUUGCAUUAUGCAUAAAACCAGGCACGUAUUUUUGGCUGGCGAAGCCGCCCAAAAAUUUGCUUUCAAUCAAGGAUAUGAACAAUUAGCCGAGAAUUCCUUGGUCACUGAAAGUGCUCAAAUGACUUGGCAAAAGCAUCAAGAACGCCAUGUUAGAUGUUCGGAUAUGGCUUUUACGCCCAGCGAAAUAGAUGUUGGAUCCAUAAAGAAAGAUCCACCCGAAGGUUCGGGUACGGUAGGUGCGGUUGCUAUAGACAUUGAAGGAAACAUAGCAGCGGCUACCUCCACUGGAGGAAUUACUGGUAAAAUGUUAGGGCGAAUAGGUGAUUCGUCUUUAUUGGGUUGCGGCACUUAUGCUGAUAACCUAGUCGGUGGUGUCUCUGCAACUGGCCAUGGUGAAACUAUAAUGCGUUUUAAUUUGGCCCAAAAAAUCAUGGCGAAAAUACAUUAUGAAUGCAAAACGGCGCAAGCGGCCACUGAAGAAGCCUGCAAAGAAAUGACAAAGCGUUUGCUUGGCACGGGAGGAGCGAUAACUAUUGGUUCAAACGGGCAAGUGGGCGUUUAUUGGACUACACGUCGAAUGGCUUGGGCUUACGUUAAAAAUAGCGAGAUAUGUUAUGGCGUCGAUCACGACAAAACGUUUAAGGAACCACUAUAA